CGGCUUGACAUGGCGCCUUAGCAACCUGGGCGCGCGGUAUUGUGUAGUGAAAGGACCUGGUAGGAUGCUGCCUCGGUGUGCCCUGGGCCUGGUGACCUUGGCAGUGGUCGGAUUAAUAACCCAGGCGGGGGCACAGUCAGUUGUAGGUUUCUAUCCCUCCAAUGUCUUUUUGUCCGGACCACAGAUGACCACGUUCCUUGUUGCCAAUGUAUCCUCUGCUCGCUUAUCUCUGGCAGUCAUUGCCAAUACAACUUCUAUACCAUCUCCAAGUUGUAUUGGAGGGACUACCACUGAUAACUGGUCGUCAAGUCUGGAAUCCUUUGAUGCUGGGGGACAGUUGGUUGUAGCCAAAGUGAUGGUCACCUUCAGUAAGAACCUGACCUUAUGUUCAGGCAAUGAAACGAAUUGCUGUCGGGAGGUUCAGUGCGUUGUGGAAACCCUUCAAGUCACCGCCUGUGAGAAUAACAUGCCCAUAGCCAGCAUGCUCGUUCAUGCCGAGAUUUUUAUCAAUAGCACUUCUGUAGGGAUGGUCUCAGAUAAUAAAACUGUGAUCCCUAACCAAGUGUACCAACCACUAGGACCCUGUCCCUGUAAUCUGACAGCCGGGGCUUGUGAUGUCCGCUGCUGCUGUGAUCAGGACUGCAGCCUAAGCAUGAAGGAGCUGUUUAACGGAUCCUGUUACUCUGGUGUUUUUGGUGGAAAUAUCUCUCCACCUUUUGACCAACUUUGUAGUGUUCAAGAAAAGAACCAUGCUCCUGAUUGGUUUCCGUUCCUGUGCGUCCAGUCUUCCAUGGACAAUUCACCAUUUCUGGGCUAUUUCUACCAUGGAUCCACUGGAACACCCUCCCAGACUCCAUCUUUUAAUUUGAGCUUUCAGUCCAUUUAUCAAAGCACCUUCAAUGGUUAUAAACAAGGAGAUGCAAUAUUAAUCGAUCUAAAUGGAUUCAAUGAAUAUCUUACAAUUCCACAGCAAUCUGCGAUUGGGACAUGCGUGGGAUAUGCACCAGUGGCUUAUCUUCGAGAUUUCAAUGCUUCAUGUAUCACUGAUAUAACGAUGUGCUCAGAUGCAUGGACAUUUAAUUUGGGUGAUGUGAGGGUUAAGGAUGGCAGCGGAGGUACAAUUCCUAUUAACAUACAGCUUAAAAACAUUACACAGGAUAUCACUCCUACAGGACCUGCUCUACCACAAAUCGUGCAGUGUGAAGUGAAUGUGUCCGCAGACUACAUCUUUAUAUGGGAAGCUAAUACAAUUAAGGAGAUACAAGUCACCAUUGAGACUGCCAAUAUCACUCUUACUCAUCAGGGAAAACUAGCUCAAAGAUUCACAGCUACAUUUCUCACCAGCAACAGCACUACUGAGGUCCUCUCUGGAAAUCCAGGAUACCAAACUGGAAAACCUGUAAUAGCUGCUAAUGGGGGUGCGCCAUUUACCAAGACCACUCUUAAUGUCUGGAAACCAGUUUUUGAUAGCUCAUGCUCGAACAUCACUCGGACACCUAUUCUUUUUGGAGAAAAUUCAUUUUCUGGGUGCCUCUUCAAAGUAGUCAGUGAGAACUGCACACAGCUAAGGGGAAAUGUACUUUCCUGGUUUCAGAAUUCACUGUUUUCUGUCAGUCGCAUAGCCAUCAGAGGAAACUCAAAUGUCAGUGAUCCAAGCGAAUGGGUAUCAAUCAUAUAUGAAGACCCCAACACAACAUGUACAGAGAACUGCAGCAUAGAAAAUGUAAUGUGUUUAAAGGUACCAUCAAACCUCAACAUUCAGAUCUUAACAGCAGUAACGGGCGCUGUUGAGGGCAUUCCCCAAGAAGAGAUCCUGGCGGCUAAAUUUGGUUUUUCAACGGUUAAUGUAAAUUGUGUGCCUACCUGUAACCUGUCACUUCCACUGACCGCCUCUGUGCAGUUCAUCAGAGUACCAGCCCAAGUGCCUUCAAGCAUCACAAGAUUUCAAAUGACGAAUACAGAAUAUGACUGUGAGAAGAAUGACGUGUGCUGGCAGCAGCUUGCUUAUCCACUGACUAAGUAUUACACAGGAGAGCCACAACAUCUGACCCUGGCUAAAGGAUUGAUCCUGGUCUUCUUUUUCAUAAGUGCCGCAGUCCUUGGAGCACCAUGGAGCAGAAUCCGUAAAGCCUGGAAUGAAACUACCCUUUAAAAGAUACUCUAACCUGGACUAUUGAAGAGGCAGGUCCUCACGUAAAUGCCUAAAGGGGUUGUCUCCUCUCGCUGUUUCCAGGCCGAGAUGGGACUAAGUUCUGUAUAUUGUAAAUAUUGGAUUGUGUUCUUGUCAUUGAAUAGAAUGAUGUAAAUAUCUUUACCAUUUGAAAUUAUUUUAAUGCCAUUUUCACAUAACAAAAUUAUAUUUUAAGUAUGAU